GGAGGUUAUGUUUGUCCUGGUUUGUAGAAUUGGCGCCAUGUCUGCGGAGAAGGCAGCAAAACUGAAGCUGAAGAAGAAGAAAGGCACCAGCAGCAGCAGUAGCGCAGCAUUCCCAAAUGUAGCAGAGACUGGGGGCAGCAUCCUGCAGCCUGGGCUGUCACAGAGACCGAGCUCCGCUGGUUCGUGGUUCGAUGAAAUCAAUUUAACUGCAGCUGAGCAGAUGUGGAAGCGGGUUCUGAAUGCGGCCCAUCCAGACCUGGCAAACGUGGGCUGGGAUUCGGUACCCGGUCUGCCGGAAUUUGGAGAUAAGAAUAUAAAGAAAGCACUGGAGUCAGCCGGGUAUGAAGUGUUUAACGUUGGCCAAGAGAAACUUGAAUGGUUUCCGUUCCCUACUGACUUGCUUGACCAUGGUUUAGACAAAAACAGCGUUCAAAUUCUGGACAGUUAUGCUGAUAAUGGGAAAAACAACGAGCCGUCUUCACUCGACGGAGUUAUUUCAUCUGCAAAAGUUGCGGAAACUUGGGACUCGGUGGGCCGAGCGAAAAGCGAUGUUAGUGCUGACUCGAUAAAACCAAAAAACAAACCGAUUCCAAAGAAAAAACACUUUAAAGAGCCUCAGGUCCCAGAAAAAAAGACCGUUAUUGAAAAACUGUUUUCUGCUAAAAUGAGCAAAGAUGGUAAGAUUAACAGCUCAUCUCAGGAUAGCAAAGUAGCAGAUCCGCAAGUUCAAGAGACAAAAAGUAAUGACAUUGUCAUGCGGGACGUGAGCGAGGAAGGCAGUAAAGUACGUGUUUCUGGAGCUCGGGAAACUGAAGACAGAGCGGCCGAAGCUCCAGGAUCGUUGGAGAGCUGUCCUAUGUGUCUCACGCAGUUUCCGAAACAGUUAUCUCAGCUGGAUAUCGACAGCCAUUUAGCCCAGUGCUUGGCUGAAACGGCGAUCGAUGUAACGUGGUAAAAAGGAUCGAUCGUGAAGCAAGAAGCUUAGUGAGUCUGGAAAAUGGGUCGGCCGUUAACCAUCGCAUGUAAUCUUUGCUGGUGGUAGUGGGGACAUGGACGGAUACUUCUUCACUGAUUUGGAUCACCUAGUAAAACCAGUAUGUUAAGUCUCCCAUCCAGCUGAACCUCCGUGCCUAAAUAAAACUGAACCUGUUGUGAA